UACCAUAUCAAAGUGGUUUCGAUAAAGUAGGGACUUUUAGCCAAACCAUGAGGCUGUAAGUUAUGAUUUAAAACUAAAAUCAAAGGUAAAAUAAUGAAGCGUCAUAAUGUUUUGGAGAUAAGUAUCAUUAUUUUGUACGCUAGACUUGUAACUGGAGUGUCCAUAAAAAUUACAGAUGGUAAGUUAAAUGUUGAUGAGUUUCUGAAGAAAGUUAUGAAAUCUAACAAAUUUGAUGAAAUGGCUGAGAAAAUAGCCGACAAAGCUGUUGAAAAGUUUCAAAACAUCAAUAAAGUUGUAACGGACACUGCCUCUGUGCCUGAUACUAUAGUUAAUAAAGAAGGGAUUACAUACAGGGUUUUAGAGAGUGAUGCUAAGGAACCGAAUAAUUCUGAAUCAAAAAUAGAUGACACCGAAACGGAGUCCAAGGCUUCGCCUCGACCAGUUAUCAAGAAAAUUGACACUGAAGCAUUUAUGAAAAAUUCUGAAGAUUCUUUCAAUGAUUUAAGUUUGAAAUACAAACAAUUCACUAAAAGCGUUUACGGAAUGAAACCUAAAGAACUAGACGCAAAACGUCUAUCCAACGUUGAAGGUGAAUCUUUGGAAAAAGAAAAUGAAAUGUACGAGCAAAAAUUGGCAGCAAAAGCUAAAAAGCGCGGUUCUAUCGAUGAAGCAAACCCAAUGAAAAUAGAACCUGUUAACGAUAGAAGCACGAAGCUUAGUAGAUUGAUAAAGAAGUCUGUGAAAACUACACCACAAGAUAUGAAUUAUAGCGGUGAAGGAACCGAUACAAAAGACAGCGAAUUUGAAAAAGAUGACAAAUCUAUAGCUUCAGACCAAAAGGAAAACGAUGCUCCGUACGCUGAAACUGUAAAACAGAAAGCCAGUAGCAAAGAACAAACAGAUCGAAGUCACGAAAGGACUCUUGAAUCGGAUUCUUCCAAUAAAGAAGACGUUAGAAAUAAUGAGGACCACAGUGAUGGUGAAUACAAAAAAAGAAAACCGGCAUAUGAAUAUUUACAUUUGCCUGACCAUAGCAAAGAUCUUGACAGUACAAAAUCUAGCAAAAAGGAUAAAAAAACAACAACUUCAAAACAACUUUUCGAAGAAAAGGUAGUUCCUAAGCCUAAAGAAAUAGAAGAAAAACGUGAUAGUUCAGCUAAAGUUGAUUCAAGUCCAGUGCGUAAAGAAGGAAACAAAUUAUACACGUAUCAGAAAUCCACGGAAUAUGAAGACUAUCAUGAGAAACUUGCUAGUAUUCAAAAUCAAUUGAAAACAACACGUAAAUAAUAAACUAGUUUUGAUUUGUCAA